AAUCACCGUUUCGAAACAAGCCAGUGCGGUCGCGGUUGAGUUGAGCACGUUGCCUUUUCAGACUCGGGACUCAACCGAAGCUUUAGUUGUGAAAAACCUGGGAGCGGAAGUUCCCGUUCCUUUCAGGCGAGGCCGACGUGCGCGGACAGGUUCGCCUCAGUCGCGAUGCCGCUGCCGCUCCGCGUUGCGCUGCUGCUGCUCGGACUGGCGGCGCGGUGCCGUUCGGAUGCCGCCCCUCCCACGAUCGACGUGAACCUGGACGAUGAUCCCCGAGUGAGAUGGGCGCCGCUUUUUCAAGUAUUUGACACCGACUUCCUCAAGAGAACCACUCGAGAGAUGAUCGAUGCAUCGAUUCCAAAAUGGAUUCAUGAAGCGCUCAUAUCUGUGAUGAAGGUCUCGGUGCCGUUCAUUCUUCCCGAGCCUUACGGCGAGGAGCUCCGUUGCAUGUCCCCGCACUUUGGCACCAACUUAUCUGAUAUCGUCAUGCUCAACUUUGCCUAUGAAGCCAAUGCAUACUGCACGAGCAUCGUGGCCCAGGACAAGCACGGAAACGUGUACCACGGCAGAAAUCUCGACUACCGGUACCCCACUAUGAGGAAACUCACGGUCAAUGUUAACUUCUGGAAGAACGGGAAGAUCGCGUACACCGGAACCACCUUUGCUGGCUACGUUGGGCUGUGGACGGGACAAAGUCCGUACAAGUUCACUUUCUCCGGGGACCAGCGAGGCAAACAUCACUGGUGGGACUUGUGGAAGACGAUCGUGUCGGCUUUUCUGAUGAACAGAAGCCCAGUCAGCUGGCUGGCAAGAGAGACCCUAGAAGAGGCAGAAGACUUUCAAGAUGCUGUCCUGCGCCUCUCCAAAAUUCCCAUCAUGGCAGAAGUGUAUUACAUUGUGGGCGGGGCGCGAGCAGGCGAAGGGGCCGUCAUCACCCGAAACCGAGCUGGCCCCGCAGACAUCUGGCCGCUGGAAGCGCUGAGCGGAGGAUGGUUCAGAAUCGAGACCAACUUUGACCACUGGCUUCCGAACCCAGGCAAAGAUGAACGAAGAGAAGCGGCAGAGAAAGCAAUGAAUGCCACUGGUCAAGAGCAUGUCAAUAUGGAUUCGCUAUUUCAGGUUUUGUCACUCUUUCCAGUGUGUAAUAGGAAGACAGUUUAUACAACAACAAUGAGUGCGGCGAGCCCUGAGAACUACACCAGCCUGGUCAGAUCGCCGGCUUGCCGCGUGACUCGGCGACCCGAAGUGCUCCCGGCGGUUGGCAAAGUGGAACGCGUGAGCCAGUUUUUCACACCCUGAGUAGCUGCAAGUCAAAGAAACCGGCCACUCUCCGAUCAUCCGCUGCACGCCACAGCUGUGAAUGUGCUCAUAUCAUCUGACAUCUUUUUUUUUUCAAAUAAGUCACCAAGCCUGACCUGUUACAGAUUGUGCUUUUUGUAUGAGGAAAUACAGAUUAUAAAACACC